AUGGCACCAGCGCGCAUGUUUGCUAAGGAUAACAGUGAAGGCGUGGUUGAUAACGUUGUCACUAAUUUGGCUAAGGAUAACAGUGAAGGCGUGGUUGAUAACGUUGUCACUAAUUUAGCUAAGGAUAACAGUGAAGGCGUGGUUGAUAACGUUGUCGCUAAUUUUGCUAAGGAUAACAGUGAAGGCGUGGUUGAUAACGUUGUCACUAAUGUUGAAGAUAGUAUGUGUAGCAUUGAACCAACUACCCUGCCGCAAGCUAGCAACAGCAAAUCCCUGUUGGAGGGGCGACAAUUCUUUCAUUCUCGUACAUUUCAGCCAAUGUCAUCAGAGUACUUGUUUGGUGACGAAGACAGUGACGACGAGGUUGAUGAUGAGAUUGCUGAACGUGAAGAAAAAAGAAGGCUGGAUAGGUUUGUGGAUGCUACCCAACAUGAGAAGCGAUUGAUGCUUCUCUGGAACUCAUUUAAGAGAAAGCAAAGGGUGGUGGCAGACGGACACAUUCCGUGGGCUUGUGAGGCGUUUUCAACCCUGCAUAGACUAGACUUUCUCGAGAGUCCAGAAUUGCGCAUGUGUUGGAACGUAUUCAUGGUUAAGCUAUGGGAGAUUGGUCUUCUCGAUGCAAACACGAUGAACAACUGUGGAUCCAUACUUGGCCAAAAUUCUGAAAAGAAAAACUAAUUGAAGGUUUUGUUGUUGUGUUAAGAUGUAGGUCUCAAGAAAAUGUUAUAAGUUGUUUCUUUCACUUAGGUUUGUUCUUGCAGUCGGUCAGA